GUGCGACGUUCUGUACGUCAGUUGUGUGUGUGCACGACUCAACCAGACCCCGCGCAGCCGCUGUUUAAAUUAUUGGAACAAAACACAGGGGGUUGUUUUGAACCUGGAGGAGGAGGGAUCAGGUUCUGUGGAGCUCAUUCAUGCCCUAUGACAAGGAGAACAGGAUGACGCGCCUGCAGCAGUUGUGAGUGCCUGGUGGUGCAGGAGGAGCCCAGGGGCGUGGUGUGAAGCCCAGGGACGUGGUGUGAGCCCAGGGGGCGUGGUGUGAGCCCAGGGGCGCGGUGGACGUCAUGUCUGGCCAGGGCAAGUUCGAUGCUCUCACCCAAGAACUCGUCACUCACGUAUUGGGUUUCCAGGAGGGCGAAGAAAACUUUAUCCGAAGUGAGCAGUUUGUUUUAUCUAACCUACUAUAUCAUCACUGUUUGGCAGUGAACAGCCAUGCUGUACGUCGUUCCAUUGAUGGCCUUGCCCUUAAGUUCACCAUUCAUGGCCAGCACCACAGAGCUCAACAACUAAUGUCUCUCACCUCUGAAUUUCUUUCCUCUCCUCUCUUCAAAGAUCAUUUUCAGACUGAUGUAGAAUGGUCAUUGCUAUCUCUCUUGCUACACCUGAGUAAUAGCCCCACACAAGUACCAGUGAGAGAGAUCCAGAGCAAGGCUGUUGCCGAGACCACCGAGGAGGGACCACAAGAGCAAAUUGACUGGGUGGCAUACCUAGGAACAGGAGAACCCAAGUAUAUCCUUGGGCCAGAGGAACCCCUCUCUGACUGGUCUUCAGACAGUGAGUGCAGUGAUGAUGAAGGUAGUGGUGCUGCUCAACUACGUACUUGUUUAGUGAACACGUUACCACCAAACUACACGGCAGAGCUGCUGCCCUCUAAGCAGCUAACGACCCGAGAAUUGCUGGAGCAGAUUCACCGAGCAAAGUCUUGGGUGUCGGCCAAAAUUCACCUGCAGUAUUGGGGACCGCAGCGUUCACAGCAACCACCACUGUCUGAUCAUCCAGCUGCCAAUGUGGCAAAACUGUGGGAAGUAGAACAAGGCUUGAGGGGACUGUGCCAACACCUAAGCGAGUGGUCAGUGAUGAGGGAGGUCCUUUGGGUCUUAUUGUGCCCAGUACCUUCAUAUGUUUUUAUUUUAAACAAAAAAGGUUCAUUUACCUUGAAGCCAAAUAUAUCGCUUGCAAGUCUGACUCCGGGGGCAACAUCAAGAUUGUUGGAAUACCUGUGUGAACCUCUGAAUCAGCUGAGAACCUUAGACGCAUUCAUGCACAAGUAUGAAUUUCCAAGUGUGGACCCACCUACACCCGCCACCAUCUUGGCUUACACAGCUGGCUUGCGGCUUUGGAGACACCGCUUCCAGUCAUAUCUUGUUGCUCUGGAAGACCGUGUCAAAAAGCAAGAGAGCACAUGUACGCUUUUAUGGCUUGAGGGAGAGUUGCAACCUUGGUUGCGCACGCUGAUGUCCAUCUAUGCAGUUCAUUCAACAGCGACCAUCAAUAUCAUGGAGAAAAGUCCCAGAUACACAGCUGUACGGUUAUUGGGCACACUGUGUGAAGGUGUGGAGGGUGCCAGUGAAGCAGGCAUACGAGGUGUGUUGAUGAGGCUGCUACUCCAUAGUCUUCGCCAUUACCUCAGUAUAAUCCACAGCUGGUUGCUGCAUGGUACGUUUGUUGAUCAUGCCAAAGAAUUCAUCAUUCAGAGGGAUGAAUCGGUGAAAGCACAUGAUGAACGAUUUUGGAAUGAAGCUUUCACGAUUAGUCUUGAGGAAGAUGAGCAAAGCUGUGACAUGCAAGAUCCUAUGAAAACCAUAUUGAGAUUCCUGUCUCCUCUGGUGGCGUCUCUUACAACAGUAGGCAAAUCCAGAGAACUAUUGGCCAUUCUCGACGUUGAGCCUCUGCCCAAACAUUCCGGUGCAUGCAGUUUGUCUCAACUGAAGGCGGAAACUGAUCAAGAGUCGUCACUGGAUGAAGUAGUGGUGAAGUAUGUAAAACAAACCGUGUGUCCAGCCUCCAGUGAGAGUGUAGAUGGGAACAAUGACAACACUGCCAGUGGUGAGGAGGAUGCAGAUAGUGUUCUCACAGAGAGCAGCAGUCAUCUCUCACCUGACUGGGAGGAAAAAGAUCCCAUUCUCUUGGCCGCUUUCACUGACACCAACCAGGAUUCUCGCCAUGCUUCUACACCGGCAGCUGUGGAUUCUGUUACUAGUUUAAUUGAAGAUAUCGGAGAUGUUCCUCGGGCUGUAUCAGUUGUAUCACUCUUGACAUCAGCACUCUGUCCCUUGGUGAAGAGGAAGCAGGAUGUGCUGAGUGCCAGACUCACCUGUGUAUUGGUAGAAAAGAACCAGUUGGAUCGCCACUGUCAAGCUGUCCGUUCUGUUUUACUCAUGGAAGCUGGUGACAUCAUGCUUGAAUUUUACUCCCACUUGUUUGCCAAGUUGGAGAGUGGUGAUGGUGUUGACGGUAUUAGUCUCACUCUUCACCUUCAAUAUUGCAUCGCUCGGCUUUACCCAGAGUUUGCACAGUACUUCUCUGUUUCUCUUGCACAUGAAGUAGAUGCAAGAAUAAGUGAAGACAGUGAGGCAAGUGCUUUAGGUCCAAAUGCAGGGAGGAGUGAUAGUAUGCUGGUUAUUGAGAAAAUCACAGGAUCUAGCGGAACACUGAGAGCUGACCGUGAAAGGGGGCACACCACUUGCCAUACCAGUGAAGCAGCACCGAAUAUGCCUCUGUCAAAAGUUGGUUUACCAGAUAUAAGGAUACAAUACCAGGCACCCUGGCCAGCAAACCUGGUACUUACUGAGCCCAUUAUGAAGCAGUUCAACAUGCUGUUCCACUUUAUUCUUAGUCUCAAGAGAGUAACUUAUGGUUUAGAAAGACUGAAGUUCAAAGAUUUGGCCAGCUGGCAGGCAGUAAUUAGCUCUGAAGGGGCAACAGAGGAAACUGUUGGUCCACUGCAGUCUCGUCUACACCGGUUGCAGUUAUUUCGACAGUGGUUGUUGUGUUUCUCUCGGCAGUUGCAUGACCAUUUUGCCAAUACUGUAUUUUUGCCCUACCACCAAGCUGUAGAAAAGUUGUUUGCGUCUCGGCCAUCCCUCAAUACUAUAAAAGCUGAGCACACGAAGUUAGUAAAUAGACUAAUGACUGAAUGUCUGAUGGGCAGCAAUGACAAAAUACUUCCUCUUCAAGUGGUACUAAAUAAGGUAUUUUGGUUAACGCGUCGUUUGAGUGAGCUAUGGCUGCGUGAUAUUGGUCAUGUGAGCACUGAUGAGCUAGCCAGCUUGGAGAGCCAGUAUACACAGGUGCACCGGUACCUGGUCAACUUCCUCACCACACUUGUCACCUUGCACUUUGUGCCACACAUGGAGGGAUUGACACGAACCCUUGUUGACACAGUUCCCCUUCUCACCCAGCGCUAGAGACCCUAAACGAAGGAAGCCAGAAGGGUCCCGACUGGCAGGGGACUGUGAUCGCUGACGCAUAGAAUGGCCACCUUCCAGCGAGUCUCGCCUCAUUCCUCGGCCUGCACUUGACCUGCGACGAGGGGAUGGGGAAGUAGGUAUUUGACCUUCCUCACACCUGGAAUGUACAUAUAUAUUCAGUAUAUAUAAAACAUGUGACUUAUGCUUUGCCGACACUCUUAUUUAUCUCGUUUCUUAAUACGCAUAGCAAUUAUUAUACUUUACUGUAUCUGCAAUAAGAACAUCUGAUAAAUUACUUUUACCUGCACCCAUUUUAACAUUAUACAAGUACAGUACAGCAGCUUAAGAUAGUAUAACUACAUUUUAAAAUCUUGUAAACAAAAUGGUAAUAUAUAACAACAACAGUUUAUUAUUGUUACAAUAUAAUUUUUAUACUGUAGUAUUAAUUUGAAAUCAAACUAGUUUCACUAUGCAGUGUGUUACUUCACUUUUAUAUAAUUACUGUACAAGAUCAAAUAUAUGUACAAUGCCAUAAUUGUAGAGUAUUUGGAUACAUACUUCACCAAUUUCUGAACAUGUGAACAAACAUUUCUCAAAAUCAUUACAGUACAGUAUCACUUUACAUUAGUAUACAGUAUUAUGUUGGCAAUAUCAAAUAAGAGUAUCUCAGUCAAUGGAAAAUUAAUAUUGAUUUUAAUUUCAUCAAAUACUGUAUUGUUACUAUAACAAGAGUACAAGAAACCCAAUCGAUAAUAUUAGUGCCAAAUGCUAGAUUCACCGCCAACUUUACUUUAUUCAAAAAAAAAUUCAGAGAAAGUGCACACUAUUAGGUUAGGAUGUAUUUUACCGCGUUUUAGUAGUAAACAUAAGGAGACGGGUGGCAGUGCUUCACGAGACAUUCAAGCAUCAUACCAAUAGUUUAAACCUUGUGUUUUGGUAUUUACAGCAUUACAUUAUUCUGUAUCUUAGGAACAUAUAAGUGAACCUAGCAAACAGCAAUACUUUAUAGUACUGUACUAUCAACGAUUGGUUUGUAUAAUCAUAAUAUAAAUACACCUGCUGUAGUUUUUAAGUUAUGUACACCUGCCUUAACAACAGUAAGCAUUAUAUAAAACUUAAUAGUAAUUAUUUACUUACAAGAAAGGUUAUCAUCAGUCAAAUUACUGCAUUCAAAGAAAAGGUCAUAACACUAGAUGCUUAAUCAGGCAAAAAAUAAAUCGGUCAUAAUUCUCAGCAGAAUAAAAAGCCUGGACAGAGGCAUUCACAACAUAGACUAAUGCACAUACCACAUCAAAUCACAUACACAACACUGACUUUCAAAGAUCCACUAUGUGAAGUCAAGUCAAUAAGUAGACUUGAUAAGUGACCACGGCAUAAGCUUUAUCAUUCAAUAAGACACUGUUUUCCAUAGUGGGCUUUAUGGGCAUUUUAAAGAUGCAUCAUUAAACUGAUAGUCUAAACAAUCAUGUCUGUCAAUACUGUGACAUCACAUUGUAGUUAAAUCAAACAUUUUAACCACUGCACAUUCUGUUGCAUAAUUACUAAUAAAGCAAUAUGUAAAUCAGAUGGUAAAAAUCAAAGCUUAACAUACACAAAAAAUUACAAUCUUUCAUCUGUAGCUUUGAAUAUGUGCAUCAUUCAGCAGGACUCAAUCUGUUUUAAGAUGAUAUAUUUGUAUAAACAUGAACUGCUAACCUUGUACUGGUCUGUCCUGUGCUCUUUCAUCACAAGAAAACUUCAAUCUUGGAAUAUCCUGGCCAUACUAAAUGGUAUCAUAUUGCUGUAUUCUUCUACUGUUUUUCGUAACACAUUAGCUCAUUUUAUAUUUCUAAUAAGCACUUAAUUUUUUCAGUCAUCAAUCACUUGACCUUUAUUGAUUGGCUGUUUAUUGUUUAUUUAAGCUAGUUUUAGUCAGGUUGGCCACCACUCAUUCUGACUACCUUGUCUUUGUUAUCUGAUAUUUACCAAAUGCUAAAAAAGUGUAUUUUAGAUCAUUUUAAUCACUCAUCAUAAUUUGAAAUAGUUAUAUCCUAUCAAUCUGGUGUGGUCAGUCAUUUUUCACUCAUUCUUCAUUUGGAGUUCUGUAUACUGCUCAGUAGUAGUAAAAUAUUUUAACUUAGUGUACAUAACUGCUUAGUCAUAAAAGUCUAACUAAA